AUGGAAAAGAACGACGUAUCAGAAGACCUGUCCGAUUGGGAGCACAUACAGUUGAACAAUAACAACUCAAAUCACACCAAAGGCUCAAAUUUUCCUCCAAGUGAUCAUGAAGACUUGCCUGUCUCCACUCCACGCAACAGCGAACAAGUCCACGAGCCACGGCCAUUUUUGUCACCUGAUGGCGAUGGCGAUAGAAAAGAUGGAGUCGACAGGGUGGAAAAAGAUGUUAACCAAUCGAAAAGAUUGCAUUUGGGAGUCUUGAAUUCGGGUCUUUUUCGGAUAUUUCUUAAGAUAAAAAAAUUAGAUUGCUUUAAGGUUGGAUUGUGGACAGUGUCUGGAGUUGCAGCAGUUGUUUUAGUGUCCUUGUUGCAUAGGCGAGCGUUGAAACGGUGGAAAUCAAUGAAGAUGGAGCAUAAGGAGUACCUAUUACUUCUCAUCAAAGAAAAAGACCAGAAAAUAAAUCAACUUUUGCUCCGAAUUGCCCAAAUGAAUGAUAUUUUACUAGCGUGCCGAAAAGUUCCAGUUCUUCGAGUUAAUUGA